AUGGAGGAGGGUGAGUUCGCAGAGGCCCGUGAGGAUCUGGCUGCCUUGGAGAAGGACUAUGAAGAAGUUGGUGUAGACAGCGUGGAGGGCGAGGGUGAAGAGGAGGGUGAAGAAUACUAG